CAGUCCUCAGAACAACUCCUCCUCCUCAUCUGUCCUGGCCCAGUGCGUGGCACACUCAGUCGAAUAAUUGAAACACAUCUCACGAAUGCAGGUGACACUUGCUGGUGUUCCACGCUUCCCGAAAACGUACAUCUCAUGAUGCAUCGAGCUCUGACUAUCCAAGAGCUUGUUCGACUGGUGGUGAACGAAGUCUCCAGGCCGGGUCCACUGAAAAGACCGUCACUCCUGGCUCUGGCGCUCACAUGCCGCGCAUUCCACGAGGCCGCCUUGGACAUGCUAUGGACUCGUCAGUAUGGCUUGGGCAGUCUCGUUCAGUGCUUACCGAAAGAUCUAUGGACGCUCUCGGAUGACACACCGAAGGGUCUGACGCUCAGAGAACCUACGAGGCCCACCACACGACAGGACUGGGAGCGUUUUGACUUCUACGCUCGGCGAGUCCGCUCACUACAUGUUAUUCAUACCACCCUCCGCGGACGGUCAUGCUGUAUCCUCUCCGAGAACCUUUUUCGUUGGCUCCUCUCAUCAAGGCCUUCUCAUCAGUUGAUUCCUCGCUUAUCCUUCCUUAAGCUGGGGUUGACGGACAACAUAUCAUCCGGGUACUACGACUCUGCGCACAUGCUCUUUGGUCCACAGCUCACUAGCCUGCAAAUCACGGCGCGUGAGUUCGCCGGGUACGGUGUGAUCCUUGCAACAUUGUCGCACCUCCCUCUACGUUCACCGGACAUCCAGGAAGUGAAGGCCUUCACUAAGCCCCGGGAGGGGCGGUAUCGCUAUUACCAUUUCCCUAUCGAGGUCUUCUUGACUUUGAAAGGGUUGAAGACACUCUGGUGGAACCCAACCUCCUCACCCGUGACGUUUGACGUGUUUGCCAGGAUGGCGACCUUGCCAAACCUCACGGAAGUGAACUUGUCGAUCAUCAACAAUCGACGAGCUACUGGCCAAUCGGGGGCGGGUGGCGCCGCUCAGACCCUUACCUUCCGCACACUGGAGAGAUUGACCAUGAAAACAACAACAAUGAAUGAUGUCAAUGCAUUCCUAUCUGCCUGCCGCUUUCCUCGACUCCAAGAGAUGAUCCUGGACACCCCCUUCUCUUCCACAUCGAACACUCUCGACAGCGUCCUCCGUUUGAUCCACGAACGUUGCCCGCAUACUAUACUGAACACGAUCCACAUACAAUGCGGCGAAGACGCAGGCUUCGACGAGGAUGGAGUACAAACCCUCACUGUGGCCUCGAUGAGACGCCUCUACGACUUUCGUGGUCUGCAGGACUUCAAACUCGCCGCGAAGAUGUGCAUCGUCCUCGACGAUGACGCCGUCAAGGAAAUGGCCAUGUCGUGGCCCCAUCUGGAACAUAUGCAGCUGACUAGCGCAGCCCAUUGGGCGACCCCGACCGCGACAACGCUGGAAGGCCUGGCGCAUUUCGCCCGCUACUGCCCCUCGCUGUGGUCGCUCAUAAUCGACGUGCAGACCGCCGAUACAGUCGUUUCCGCCGAUGUGAGGCCCGGUGGCGGCUUCUGCAACUACGUCCUCGAGGACAUUGAGUUUGGCGACUCGACCGCGCUGGGGAACUGUGCGAUGAUAGGGGCGUUCUUGAAUGCGAUCUUCCCUAAUCUGCAGCAGAUCAAUGGAGAUUAUGACGAUGAGGGUUACUGUACUGUGAUGGGCGAAUCUUGGAGGCGAGUAUGGAACACGAUUGAGGUCCUACGCAUGACAUCUCAGUGGGACAAGUAUGCGAAUGAGUGACGACAUAACUUGACUCAUAGCCCUGCUUUUGAUAGUUGCACCUCUGCAGGACCACAAGCAACAUAACGUCUGCUAUCGACAUGUCAUCG